CGCGUUCUCUCACCUCAAAAGUAUCACGAAGACGAAGAAGACGAACCCGACCAUCCAUCGACUUCAUCCAAACACCAACUUCUGAACUCACAAUCCUUUCCCCGCGACCAGUCGAGUAGGAAUCCGACCCAGUCCUCGAAGAAAAGUCCAAGCGACAAGCAUUGAAACGACUAAUACCCCAACGACUCUUCCACAAAAAGAAGAAGUCGCAGUCGCAAUCGCAAAAAUGAUCUCAGCUAUCAUCCUCAUCAUCCUCACCAUCUUCCUCCCACCCAUCGGCGUCUUCCUCGUUGCCGGCUGCGGCGCAGACCUGCUCAUCAACAUCUGUCUCACAAUUCUGGGUUUCUUUCCCGGACAUAUCCAUGCGUUUUAUGUGGAAUAUGUGUAUUUCCAUCGGAAAGAGUUGGCGCAGAGGGGGAUAUACGAGGAGAGGGAUGCGCCGGGGGUUUUUAGUCGGAAGGCGAAUACGGGUGGGUAUGGAAGGGAUUAUGGGAGGGGUGGUGUGGAUGGGGUGCCGCCGCCAGCACAGCAGGGGUAUUAUGAUGCUGGUCCCGUGAAUGCGCAUGCACAUGCCCAGGGAGUACCGCCGCCGCCGGCUUAUGCGAAGGCUUGAGGAGAUGGUGAAGAGUGAUUGUAUGCGUUCCAUGGCUUGAGCUACAAUUAGACGACAUUGUACACGAUAACCUAGGCAAAACGGUACUGCGAGAUGCAUGAAAUUGCAUGAUCGAAGACAUGGACCUGAUCUGCUUCAUUGGCGUUGAAGCGUGUUUGAAUCUCUCCAGGGCGAUCUUUGGCGAUAUGAGGAUUUGCGACUGCCUCGCUGUUU